UUGGACUUGAUGUCGAUGUUGUGUGUUGGGUAGUUAGGGACAGUUUUAGCUGGGCAUGAAGCCAGCCUUGUGCGGUUUCUAGCCAAAGUUACCAUCUGCCAGCAACUUGCCUGCGCUCCUUUCUUUGGUCGACUCGUUGGCAAAAUUUCCGAAAUGUUCUUCCACUUUGCAAAUAAAACUCUGUGUGUGCCCUGACCUUCAAGGCUAGGAUAUAUCACACCGGUGCUGUGGUUUCUGCUAUUUGAGAGGAGGUUCCAACUGAAUCUUCUCUGAACAUUCAUCCACUUGUCAACAAUUGCCGUGCACACCUCAGAACAGAGUUCGGUAACUCACAGGAAGAAACAUGGAGGAAAAAAAGGAUUCCUCUCCAUCUUGCAACUACAGAAUAGUGCCAACAUCACUUCCCCUGUCCAGUACCCUAACCACCACUCUUUCAAAUGCUUCGACUUGUGAGAGGACCACACCUUCUCCACAGUCACCAAACAAAGACCGGGCUUAUUUCAAUAUGACAUCCCCUUCUUCAAGCAACAAGGAGCUUUUGUGUGAGCUGAAAGCCGGAAAGGUCCUGAGGCCAACACAGCACACGACAGGCCUGACCACAGUAUUUUCUGGAAGUGGAAGAAAUACACAGGCAAGGUUCUGAAGGACCGGUGAGUUCAAGAAGGAAACUAGGGAUUAUCCUGGAAACCAUAGACUGAUUCUGCGGUUGAGUGCAGGCUGGGGGAAUGAGCCAUCAAAGGAAUGAGGACGACGUAAGCCCUCAGACCAAGUGAAAACAGAUGGCUGCACAAAAUCGAACACUGAUAGUAAAUCUUCUACUUAAACUGAAAUAAAAAACUGACGUGUACAUGUAACCUCAGUGCUGCUCGAUGACCAUCAGGAUAUUUUCAUCCAUUGUGUCUUUGCAGAGAGAAUUCACCAAAGUAAAUAUGGGUCCAUUCCACACAGAGUCAGGGUAGUGAUAUCGAAUGUGUAUGAAUUCAGACAGAUCUGUCUCUCUGUCUCUCCUCACACUCUCUCUCAACUCUUUCACUCCCUUUUCUCACUCCCUCUCCUCCUCUCCUGAACUCACCCUCUCAUGCUCUCUCCUCUCCCUCACUCACUCCCUUCUCCCUCAAAUUCUCUCUGUCCCCUCUCCUCUGUAUCACUCACUGUCUCAUUGUCUCUCCUCUCUCUCUCUCACUAUCUUUCUGUCUGUGUGCCUCUCUCUUGCUCACUCUCUCACACUUCCUCUUCUCUCACUCCCUUUCUCACCUCUCCCUUCUCUCUCCUCUCUCUCGCUCACUAUAUUUCUCUCACCCACUCAUUCUCUCCUGUCUCUCUCCUCUCUCCAACUCUCUCUUUCUCUGCACUCUCCCACUCUCUCCUCACACUCACUCUCUCCCCUCCCUCUCCUCUCCUCUGUCUCUCCACUCUCUUCCUCACACACUCCUCUCUCUCUCACUCCAUCUCUCUGUCUCUCUCACACUCUCCCUCUCUCUGUUCCUCUCUCCUGUGUGUCUCUCUAUCUUUCUCUCUCUCUCUCACUUUCUCUUGCUCAUUCUCUCCCUCUCUCUCUUUCUCCCCUCUCUCCCUGUCUCUGUCUCUCUGUAUCUGUGUCUCUAUCUCAUUCUGUCUCUGUUCCUCUCUCUCCCUCUCUCUCCCUCCUCUGUCUCUGUCUCUCUCUUUCCCCAUCUCUCUCUCACCCACUCUCUCCAUCUAUCUCUCUCCUCUCUCUCUGUUCUACCACUCUGUCUCUCUCCCUCUUACUCUCUCUGCCCCUCUCUCUCUCUGCUCUAUCUUUCUUUUCUCUCCCUCCCUCUAACACAGUUCUUCUAUCUCUGUCACCCCUUCUCUCUUUUUCCUCUGCCUCACUCUCUCUCUAUCUCCCUCACUCUCCUCUUUUUGUCUCUCUCCAUCUCUCUCUAUCUUACGCACUCUUCUUUCUGUCUUAGUCUAAUUCGUCCCCUCCCUCUCCCCCUCCCCCUCGCACGCUCUCCCCUCUCCCCCUCACUCUCACGCGCUCUCCCCCUCACUCUCGCCCUCUGACCCCUCACUCCCACCCUCUCGCCCCUCACUGUCGCGCCCUCUCGCCCCUCACUGUCGAGCGCUCUGCUCCUCUCGCCCCCACUCUCGCACGCUCUCUCUGUCAGGAAAAUACAGAGCAGUAAACAUUGGCAUAGGCAUCAUAGGCAUUGAGCUAUGAUGUUAAAAAAAAUGGUGGAAUCCUGGCAAAUUAAACGGUAGUGCUGGAAAUGUUCUGCCAGUCAUUAAGCACCUAUGGGACAUACCUAGA